AUGGCAGCGUACACGAGCCUCCUCCUGGUGAUCGCCCUCUGUGCCGCCACAGCUCUCUCUCUACAGUGCUAUACCUGUUUAUCAGCAACUUCCAACGCCGACUGCCUGACUGCGGCGAACUGCACCAAUGGGGAAACCUAUUGUGAGACCUCGGUGGCGUCCGUCUCUGUUGCUGGGAUCUCCGCCACCUCCAUCACUAAGACGUGUGCCUUGUCCUGCACUCCCACCAGCGGUGGCUUCAUAGUCGGCUCUGCCUCCGUCUCCUGCUGCUCCACCGACCUGUGUAACACCAGCGGCGGCGCCAGCAUCAAGUCCAGCUAUGCCGCCAUCAUCCUGGCACUGGGAUCCAUCCUGACAAUCCUGAAGAGCUCAGUCCUGUAA